AUGUCUACGAUAUGGGACUUCCGUCAGCUCUCCGGGACUACGGGCCAAGAAAGUCGAGCGUCUCAUAAUGGCAAACAGCGUCAUGGCUUCUCAUCUACUGACGCCUCUCCCUAUAAUCCAGACAACAGCACCAGUUCGCGUAGCAACCAGGCUGGCUGGAACGACUCAGCUUCACUUCGUCGUAAGCAACCCGGUGGUGUUCAUGGAGAUGUAUUACCCAAGAAUCCACUAACGACCGGGGGUUCUAGCUCAAUAGGUAACGACGGUAGUAGUAGUGGUGCUAAUUACAUUAGUCAUUCAGAUUCAGCUACCAGCCAACUGGCGACGUCCCUGCCCAGUUCAUCCUCAUUUGGUCCGGCCGAAGUGAUCCCAGCUUCUGGCUGCCCUGUUUGGGAGUCGAGUCCUGCGCAGGGCAUGCGCGGUGAGUAUCCCUAUUCAGCGCGUCUGUUGCCCUGUAGGGCCCUUGCCUGUGGUGGGUCAGGAUUCCGCGAACUCAGAGUUAUCAAUAGAGAUACGCUUCUUAUUUAA